AUGGAGAAAAUAUUGGUAGUGUUAUCUUGCACUGAGGCACAAAAGGUUCUCUUCGCUACCUUUAAGUUAACAGGGGAGGCCGAGUGCUGGUGGCAAGCAGUAAAACUGCUAGAGGAACAGCGGGCAGUACCCACGGAUAUGACUUUUAGUCGUUUUAAGGAGCUUUUCUAUGAUCGGUACUUCCCUGCCACCAUCAGGGCUGCGAAGGCAGAGAAAUUCUUCCACCCGACUCAGGGGCAACUUAUUGUGCAGCAGUACGCUGUGAAGUUCAUGGAGCUAUCCCGUUUUGCACCUUUUAUGGUUCCAAAUGAGUUCCAAAAGGCGAGGUGGUUUGAGAGGGGAUUGAAACUAAGAAUUCAUGAGCAAGUGGUAGUCUUAAAGGUGCAGAGCUUUUCAGAGUUGGUGGAUAGAGCCGCCGUGGCAAAAUUGAGUCUGCAGAGGAGUGCAGAGAUGGCAGAGUAG